CGCGUCAGCGAGACGGGGGCUCGGCGUCAGAUGCCAACUGUGUGCCGAGCGCCUGCUGGGUGCCAGGCACUCCUGGCCGGCCAGCCUCCAGAACCCCUCAACAGCCCCACAGGACAGUCCCCGCAUCGCAGCAGUGAGGAAAGCGUCCCCAGGGGGUCAAGGAACUGUCCCAGGACCUAAGCUGCCCCUUUCUCGAGGGUCUGUAUAUUACAGACCCAAAGACGAUUCAGGAACUGCUGUGUAGCCCCUCGAAGUACCGUUUGGAGAUCCUGGAGUGGAUGUGUAUACGGGUCUGUCCCUCCAUGCAGAACACAUUCAGCUCGCUGAAGGGGGCCCCGGUGGAGGUGAAGAUCCGAGAGAUGGUGAAACUAGGCCAUGAGCUGAUGCUGUGUGUGUCAGAUGACCAGGAGCUCUUCAGGGGCCGUGCCUGUGCCCAUAAGCAGCUGCACUUUAUGGACCAGUUGCUAGACGCGGUCCGGAGCCUGACCACUGGGUGUGCCAAUUGCUUGAGCCUGAAGGAGCACUUCGAGGACACCAGGGAGAAGAAUGAGGUGUUGCUGGGGGAGGUAUUCUCCAGCCCGCACCUGCGGAUGCUCCUGAACCCUGAGUGUGACCCAUGGUGCCUGGAUAUGCAGCCCCUCCUCCACGAGCAGAGCGACAACUGGCGAAGGGCUAGCCCCUCUGCCGAGUCAGAGGAGGAGAAGGUGACAGAGCUGGCCAGGCAGCUGCAGGAGAGCACGGCCAAGCUGCAGUCACUGCAGCACAGGCAGGGGGCCUCUGUGGCUGGGGCCAACCCCAGCACCCUGGACCAGAAGCUGCGCCUGGCCAUCUCCGACUUCCACCAGCUCAUCCUGGCUUUCCUCCAAGUCUACGAGGAUGAACUGGGUGAGUGCUGCCAGCGCCCAGGCCCCAACCUCCACCCGUGCGGCCCCAUCAUCCAGGCCGUGUCCCAGACUCUGACUUCCUGCAGCCAGCUGUUGAGAACAGUCGUGGAGGCUGCUGUCACCUCUGUGAAAGCUGCGGAGGCAGCCAAGGAGCAGCCGGGAGAGCAGAUCUGCUGGGGCAGCAGCAACUCCAUGAUGAGUCUAGCCACCAAAAUGGAUGAACUAACACGGAAACAUAAGGUCUUCAGCAACAGCCUGCACAAGGCACAGGGCAGAUAGUGUGGGAGCAGGAGGCCCUCCCUGGAGCCUGAGGUGGUGGGAAGGGACGAGCCACCGCAGGAGAAGCAGUUACAGCUCCUUUGGAGGGCAGCGGGCAGAGUUGGAGAGACAGGAAACCUCAGGCUCCGAGAUGCUGCCUCCAGCCUGCUUUUUGCUUUCGCAGCUCUGUGUCACUCUCCCUUCUCUCUGGCCCAGGCUGCUUGCCCCCUCAUUUGUGUCCAGGGGCCGGGGCCAGGGCUGGGGCCACCUCUGGCUGCAGCGCUCCAGCUGUCCUGCAGGCCUGGGCUGGGCCCCUCUCCCCAUUGCUGCCACCUCCCAGUUCAGCUCAGUGACGCCAAGCCCCCCAAAUCGCCACUGUACCCUGUUGCCAGCUGUGCGUGAGGAGGGUCCCCACCACCUCCUCCCCCUGGCCGACCUCAGGGUCCCCUGUGAGGACUCCUUGCCGCCCCUCAGUAGUGCUCGUCACCCACCCCUGGGACCCAGCAGGUGGGGACCUGUUCCCGCCUCCUUCCUUCUCAGGGCGCCCAGCACCAGGCUGGGGAAUUCUUAGAGGUGGCUGGACUGGUUGUCCAGGAAGCUGCUCUAGGGCUUCCCAGGGUGACCCAGUAUCUCCCUGAGCUGUGUGCCUGUCACGGCCACCUCCCUCCCUUCAAGCACGGGAACAGGUGUGGCUGGGGGAGGAAGGGUCUCCUCGCACCUGCCACUGCCUGC